AUGGAGAAAACAAACACAAAGACCGUUGAAAAUGUUGAGACUGUUGAUGUUUAUACAGCAAAAGGUUUGCUUACAGUUAGUCAUCGAUAUCUUGAUGUUAGGACAAAUGAAGAAUUCGGGAAGAGUCACUUUGAGGAUGCCUUGAACAUUCCUUAUAUGUUCAAAACAGCUGAAGGUAGGAUUAUAAAUCCUGAUUUCCUUACUCAAGUGGCAUCUGUUUGCAAGAAAGACGACCAUCUGAUCGUGGCUUGUAACUCUGGAGGAAGAGCAACUCUUGCUUGUGUUGAUCUUCUCAAUGAGGGGUACGAGCAUGUGGCUAACAUGGAGGGAGGCUACUCCGCUUGGGUUGACGCUGGAUUCGCCGGCGAUAAACCUCCGGAGGAGCUCAAGACUGCUUGCAAAUUCCGCCCAAAGGACAACUAA